GUUAAAAAAUGUAUACUGUAAAGUUUUUAUUAGAAAAAUAUCAAAAUAAACUCUGAAAAUAUGUUAAUUUGAGACAUUUAACAGAAUCAGACCUCAUCUCUUAACAUAAAAAAUGGAAAAAAUCUAUAAUACAAUUUUUGAGUGUAACUAGAAAAGAAAAGAUUUUCAGAUUUUAGUUACAAAAUCAAAUUAAUUUCUUCAAAGAAAACAAAUAAAAAUGGCAAAAACGAUUUAAAAACGCUCUAUUCUUUUUGGAAAAAGCAAAAAAAUAGUUAAAUUAAAAUAUUUUUCAAUAUCGCAGUGUACUAAGAAAAAUGCCUUUAGCUACCAGUACAUCAGCUCAACAAUUGCGUCCAUUAACACUGGCUGGACCAGAACGUGAACCAGUACAAUUCACUGUAAAUCUGGUUGGAGCACCAGCUGAGGUUGAGCAACUGGUACAGCAAAUAAAAACUGUUGCUGAACAGUUCCUAUAUCAUUGGAAAACAUUUCCCAUUGUUCUUCCUCAACCCCUUUCGGUCGCUGCUUUAACCCUAAGCAGUUCUGGCAAUAAUGGCUCUAAUACGGUAGGCAAUCGUAAACCUAGACCCAUUAAUUUGAGGGAUUUAUUCAUAGCACCACCCUUUGAUGAGCUUGAUGCCGUGGCCUCAGAUGGUACAGGCGAUCCACGACGUCUUACGAAUUCCCAAUUGAAAUCGUUGCGUGAAAAUGGGUAA